CGAGCGCUUGAAGAUGGUGGCUGAACUGAGUGCUUAGCAAGUUGUCUUUCGCUACUUACUGUUAUCACAAUUCAUCCAAUGACACAAUGUAUGACAUCUAGUGUUAAAGGUUUCCUGUCAGCUCUUGCUGUUCCAGGUGACAUCAGUGAUGUGAGAACAAGCUGAAGUCCUCACAGAAGGAUAAAGUGCGGCAGUUUAUGGUCUUUACACAGUCCAGUGAAAAAACUGCAGUAUGUUGUUUAUCACAGAACGAUUGGAAAUUAGAUGUUGCUACAGACAAUUUUUUUCAAAAUCCAGAACUUUAUGUUCGAGAAAGUCUGAAAGGUUCAUUGGAUAGAAAGAGAUUAGAUCAGCUAUACAAUAGAUACAGAGAUCCGCAGGAUGAAAAUAAAAUAGGAAUAGAUGGUAUUCAACAGUUCUGCGAUGAUUUAGGAUUGGAUCCAGCUAGUAUCAGUGUGCUGGUCAUUGCAUGGAAAUUUCGAGCAGCCACACAAUGUGAAUUCUCGAAACAAGAGUUCAUAGAUGGUAUGACAGAUUUAGGGUGUGACAGCAUAGAAAAACUGAAGGUUCUACUGCCUAAAUUGGAACUAGAAUUAAAAGAUCAAGCAAAGUUUAAGGACUUUUACCAGUUCACGUUCAGCUUUGCAAAGAACCCAGGCCAAAAGGGCUUAGAUUUAGAAAUGGCCAUUGCUUACUGGAAUUUAGUACUUGCUGGGCGAUUCAAAUUCUUAGAUCUAUGGAAUAAAUUUUUAUUGGAACAUCAUAAAAGAUCAAUACCUAAAGACACCUGGAACCUUCUGUUAGACUUCAGCUGUAUGAUCGCUGAUGACAUGUCCAAUUAUGAUGAAGAAGGAGCAUGGCCAGUCCUUAUUGAUGACUUUGUGGAAUUUGCACGACCACAAAUCACUGGGACAAAAAGUACAACUGUGUAGCAUUGGGAGCCUUGUUGCAGAAUGUACAUGAUGUGUACAGAAUGAAAAAUACAGCAAAUAAUGCACAGUCAUUUCACAAUUAGUUACUAAAAAUGCAGAUCAAUGGAUUGAAGUGAAGAUCAAACCUUUCAUUCUAUCUGGAGGAUUGUUAACACCAAAAAGGACUUUUCUUCAAUCAUAUCGUAUUCAUUUAAUGGUGGUUUGGGCUUCUGUCUUAGUCAGGACCUCUAUGUAAUUUCAUCAACAAUGAGUGUGAGUUCCAUCUGUAUAUUCUUUGGGAUCCUGUACCAUUCAUCUUUUAUUCGUUUGGAGGACUUUUCUGAAAGGAUAAUUUUAUAGUGCUUUUUGACAUCGAGCACAUUGCUGCCUUCAGUUAGGAACUGAACAGCAUGCUUGGACACAGGAAAUCCGUAUUUGAAAUGGAAUCAAUUCAACCUUAGUACUAUUUAAAUUAUGUAAGCAGGCAGUUAAAUCAUCACAGAAUCUUGCUUUAGCUAAUCUUUGGCCAUUUUGUGUUCUAUGGCAGACUUCUUGUCAUAAAGUCUUAUUUUUCUAUGAAGACUAGAUCAUACUAUGCCAAUGUACCAAAUUUGGUCCUCUUCCAUAAUGAACAUGGAAUUAGAAUGGUGCAGUUGUACAAUUGAGAUCUGUGGUAAAUACUGUUUGUUUUUUUUUUGACAAAAAUAAAGUUACUCUUCCAUUCCCCUUCCAAUGCACUGCUUCCCUUUCCAGCUGAUGUAUUUUCUUAGGUUGUGUUUAAACCAAGAAGCAUCUUGUCACUGUUCUGAUACUGAAUUUUGCAAUCUUGAAUUUUGCCUUCUGAUGUUUGCCCUGAAAGGUAUUUCCGGUUUCCUUUCCAGCUGCAAAAUACAAACUAUUGCUGAAUUAGGUUUUGACUAAAUGACUAAGUUGUUGACUGAGAAACUAAAAUUGCUCUGCUCUUUUCAACUUGAGCAGGCCUUUGCCACAUUUAACCUAAAGGAAAAUAAGUGGUUGACCUUACCUUUUUUAUAUUCAAUAAAAAUAAUGGAAACGUGACUAGAAAUACCUCCGUCUUUUCGUUGGUGUUUGGAGCCAUUUAUUUUUCAAAGUCAAGUUAAAAAUGGUCUAUAUUUAAAAUUAAAGACAAUUAUUGUACACCU